UUUCCUGGGACAACCUAGUCCACCACUGCACUCAAAAGACAUCGACUGGCGACGAUGGUGUACAGAGACGCUCCAACCACACAUUGACAGAUCCUGGCAGACAUCAGCGACACGGCGAAUGAAAUAAACAGCGAGGCUGCCUCCGGGCAGGCAGCGAGACAUCGACACCGACACCGACAUGCUCAAAACACCUCCUCUCCAGACGGCCACGGCCACCAUUGAGACGCUAUGUGGUCGUCUCCAGUCGGCGACGUUGCUGGAAGACCGGCGUGCUGCCAUUCUAGGACUGCGCAGCUUCGCGAAGCAAUACCCGGCAUCUGUGGCCAGUGGCUCCUUACGAGAGCUCAUAUCCACCCUGCGACGCGAUGGUCUCGGAGAUGACUCGUCACGCCAGAGCCAAGAUGGCGAUCAGCAGGGCGAGGGCGGAGACGUGGACACGAUCCGGCUGGUCAUGGAGACGCUGCUCAUGCUGUUCAGUCCCGACAGCAACUCGCCUGAGGCCGGUGAUGAAAUUGCCCUCUUCUUAGCUGACGAGUUUUCAAUGCGUCAAGACAACAUUUCCAUUCUUCUCAAUCUCCUUGAUCCCACGAGUCCCUACGCCGAUUACUACUCCCGACUAUACGCAGUACAGAUCCUUUCCGCCAUAUGCGCCGCACGACCCGAUCGACUGCAGGAAUGUAUACUGGCUGCGCCGCUGGGUGUGUCGCGAAUGGUGGGCAUACUGGACGACGGGCGAGACGCUGUGCGGAAUGCCGGCCUUCUUCUCCUAGUCGAUCUGACGAGCGGUGCGAAUGAAGAGCUGCGAAAGAUUGUCGCCUUCGAAGAUGUAUUCAGCAAGACCUUCGCCCUCAUACAGCUGGAGGGAGGACUGGCAGAGGCUGGUAUCACAGCACAGGACUGCCUGAGUCUGCUUGCCAACUUGAUACGUGGCUCGUCCACAAACCAGACUAUAUUUCGAGAGUCAGGGUGCGUGGCGCAGCUCGUGCAGCUGCUUCAGCAAUCCUUCCCUGCCGAAGACGAAUUGCCAUUCAACACAAACUCACGGGAGAAGACUGCUUGGGGUCUGCUUAUGCUGCUCAGGUUAUUCCUCGUACCGGGGGAGGCGAGCACUCCCCAAAACCAAACAGCCUUCUUCAAAGCUGGGAUCGCGCAAGUUCUGAUUGAUCUUGCUUAUUCAAUCGCGAUUCCGCCACCUGUUCGCGCGUCUGCACUCCGAGCUGCAGCGGCACUUGUUGAAGCGAAUCCUCCUCUGCAGGAACAGUUUGCGGCACUGACAGUCAUUACACCUGAUGAUGCGGAGCACAACCAGGCUGAGGAACAGAAGCAGAAGCAGGCAAAUGGCACAGCAGUCAAUGGACGUGGAAAGAAGAGCGCACGAGCGAGCCUGGAGGCCCGAAGAUCGUACAUUAUAGAAGCGUUGUUGAGUACUGCACUCGACCACCGCGAGGCAGACCCACCCCUGCGGGCAGCAGCAUGUGGCCUCAUCCAAGCAUAUCUGAGUGGGCAUGACAGAGUGAAGGCGCACUUUCUACAGCGUGCUAUUCUUGGUCAUGCAGAAGGUGAAGUCACAGCCAAUGUUCUCUACACCCUCUUACAUCCCCCAGAAAACGACGAGACUGCCGUUGUUCAUGCUUCCUGGAUAGUGCAAGGGCUUGUCGGUAGCGAAGCCAGUGCCAAAGAAAUGUUUACGGGCGUGUCCGAGGGCAACGAGGAAGAAGGGGAGGAUGUCAUCACAGCAGUCCAGGCGCUGGGAUCGCACCUUCAGGCUGCACUGCAGCCACCUCUCGAUGUGAAAACAUGUGCCGCAUAUUCCAGUUUGCUGUCGACUCUGCUAUGGGACUAUGCGCCAGGAGUUGACGACCUACUCGAUGAAGGCUCAAGUCUACUGCAGAGCCUCCUAACGGCGAUUAAGACGCCCGAAGAUCCCGUCGUCUCUGGACUCGCCGCUGUCUUGCUCGGCAUUGUCUAUGAAUUCAGCACAAAGGACUCGCCUAUACCGCGUCGUACGCUUGCCCCACUCAUACAGCAAAAACUGGGCCGGACUAAGUAUUUGGACGCACUUCUUCAGCUUCGUCGGGAGCCUGCGAUUCGCGAUUUUGAACUUGACCAAGAAACGGACGAGGGUGGAGAUGGCAUGCUCAGCAAUGUCUUUGUGGACCUGUUCACUGUGGAGUACACUCGGCUGAGAAAGGCGGUUGAUAAGGAUCCUGGUGUAGAAGUGCUGCCAGCAUCCGCGGCAGAAGCUGGCGUGGAUCGAGACGUGCUCGACGAGCUUCGCCUGCAGGCCCAAGCAGCAAAAGAAGCAUUGGCUGUAGCUCAGCAAGAGGCGAUAGACGCGACACAGAAGUCGGAACAGGACCGGAUGUCGAUUGGGAAAGAGUUGCAAAUUGCUUCUUCAGAGAUUGAACGGCUCCGCAAGAUCAAUCAGGCCAUGCAGCAGGGUCACGAGAGCGAGCUGGAGACGCUGACGAAGCGGUAUGAGCAGGAAAAGAACACGAUACAAACACGACAUCAACACGCGCUCAACAAUGCCAAGCAAGACGCAGAGCGUGCACAUCAAGCGAACCUUCGAGAAAGAGAGGCAGCCUCUGCGCAAAAAAUACAGGAACUGGAGCGGCGCUUAGCAGAGCUGGGCAACGAACAUCGGAAGGAGGCUGGUGGACAUGCGCAAGCCAGGCAGCAGCUUGCUCAUGCUACGAACAACCUCAAUGGACUGAUCAAGCGAGAGCGCGAUCUAGCUCGAGAGCUCGAUGGCUUGAAACAGCAGCAAAUUGCGACUGAGAAAAAGCUGCAGGCUGCGCAAGAACAGUCUGUGUCGGCGGAGGCAAACUUAGCUGAGGCGAGAACGGCUCUCGAUGCUCGUGAUGAGGAGUUGAGCAAGCUCCGGACGGAGGUGGAAGAGCUCAGGGCUGAUCUCGCUGCCAGGGAUGAGGAAUUGAAGACUGAGCGUGCCGGUUUUGCAGAUCUCGAAAAGGAACUCGAGGAUGCCAAGCGUAAAAUACAAAGCACAGCAGAAGCUCACCAAGCUGAAAUUGAUGCAGCAAAGGCUGCUGGCACUGAUGCGUGGAAGCAAGCUGCAGACUUCCAAGGUAGGAUUACGGAUCUCGAGAAGGAAAUCGAGCAAGCGGCAGAAGCACACAAGACGGAGGCGGCUGCGGCGAAGGCUGCUGGUAGUGAUGCAACAGCACAAGUCGCAGAAUUGCAGAGUCAGAUGGCGGGACUGGAGAAGAAAUUGGAAGAAGCAAUGCAGAAGGUGGCUGCAGCUGAACAGAAAGCCGCCGAGUCCGAGAAGACACUGGAAGACGCAAAGGCCAGUCAGAAGAAGGCAUCUGCCACAGGCAAGGACUCUGACAAGAAGCUUUCCGAUGCCCUGAAGAAGGCGACGGACGCCGAGGCGAAAGCUAAGACAGCAGGUGAUAAGCUGAAGGAGGCUAUCCAGAAAGCCGUAGCGGCAGAGAAGAAAGCCAAAGAGGCCGAGGAGAAGUUGAGUGCAGCGGAGAAGAGGGCUGCUGAAGGUGGGAAAAGUGCUGCUGGCGCUAAGGGCAGUGCAGCUAGCACGAGCAAAGCCGACAAGGACAAGAUUGCUAAGCUCGAGAAAGAGGUUGCGGAGGCGAAGAAGGCAGCGGAAGAGGCGAAAAGCAGCAGCGGAAAGAGUGCCAAAGCCGACCAGGACAGGCUCCAGAAACUUGAAGAACAGCUCAAGGAUGCGCAGGCGAGCGAGAAGUCGGCGCAGGACGAAGUGGCCCAACUGAAGAGUGCAUCAGAAGAGAGUGAGAAACUGCGCGAGAAGCUGGAAGCGGCGCAGCAGGCCGAGAAGUCUGUCCAAGCAGAACUCGAACAGCUGAAGGGGGUCGAAGAUGAACAUCGCAAGACCAAGGAGGAACUGUCCCAUGCGCGGGCCGGCGAGAAGGCAGCUCUCGCCGAUCUGGCCAAGAUCAAGGCUUCUGUGGCGGAGGCGGAAAAGGCUCACUCUGCUCUCCAGGCUGCGAAGGAGAGCGAGCAGAAUGCGAAGGAAGAGCUGGAGAGUAUGUUGUUGGUCAUGGGAGAUAUUGAGGCGAAGCGGGAUGAGUACAGAGAGAAGAUUCGCAGUUUGGGUGGAGAGGUGACGGAUGAGGAGGAUGAGGAUGAGGACAGUGAUGAGGAGGAGGAGGAGGAGGAUGAUGAUGUGGAUUAGGUACCUAGAGAAACAUACCUACCUCUAUGUCAUGUUCGGUACUGUACCGUCCCGUAAUGGAGAACAAGACGGGCGGCUUGCCCGACUGUGGGACAGUGGGAGCAUCGCACAGUACCUCCCACUGUCAAGUAUGUACGUGAGCACCGAUAGAGCGCUCGUCUGGCCUGCACUCUCCCGUCAACAAUACCUACCUACCUGAGUUAUCCAUGUUCUCGAGUUCGCUGAGGACGGCCCCUAGGCACGACCCUGCGCAGCUUCUCCCCGUCCCCGAGAUGUUACCUCCACGGCAAGGCCCGGCAGGGACAUAGCCAUAGAGGUCCCUCCAGCACAUACUUUCCACAGCCGCCGCCUCCUCCACCUCCACGAAAAUGGGCUCAAUAGGCACUCGGACUGGCGGCGUGGAGUAUCGCAUGUUUCGCCGCCGGCACGUACGUCUGGGCUCGAGGGCGUGUCUCGCCGGAGAUGAUCGUUCUAGAGAUGCUCUCCCAUUACAAGGUCACCACCGACACAGUCGACCGGGCUUGGGUAACGCCCGCAGUCGGCAUGGCACUCGCCGAUGAGAUUCUCGGAGAACGCUCGGGAGCAACGGA